GAAUAAUGGACUCCACGACAGGACAAGAGAUUGAUAAAACCAGAAUAGCAGUUUGCGAUCAACAACACAAAAUCAGAGAGUGAGAAGAGAGCUGAAUCAGAUUCAUAAAACAUGGAUCUAUACUCAUUGCUUCAAUCAUCCAUCCCUUCUUUGACUUCUGUGGGUUUAUUGCUCUCAUAUUUUGGUUACUUGGCGGUUAUUGGCUCAGUUUUACCUGGCAAGAUUGUUCCCGGCGCCAUUUUAUCCGACGGCACUCGCCUCCAUUAUCGCUGCAAUGGUUUGUUGUCAUCGAUUUUGUCGCUGUUGCUUCUUGGUGGUGGGAUUGCUACUGGAUUCGUAUCGCCUACAGUCAUUGUUGACAGGGGACUAGAGCUUUUAUCCGCAACCUUUAUAUUCAGUUUUGUUGUAAGCUUGUUACUUUGUGUUGCUGGUUGCACUUCUCGUGACAAAGGUUCAUCACUCAAGCCUUAUGUAUCUGGAAAUUGGAUUCAUGACUGGUGGUUUGGAAUACAGCUGAAUCCUCAAUUUAUGGGCAUUGAUCUCAAAUUUUUCUUUGUGAGAGCUGGGAUAUUGGGCUGGUUACUUAUUAAUCUUUCAAUUUUGGCUAAAAGUAUAGAAGAUGGCAACUUAAAUCGAUCAAUGGUUCUAUACCAGCUAUAUUGCACUUUUUACAUCCUGGACUAUUUCUUCUACGAGGAAUACAUGACUUCCACUUGGGACAUAAUCGCAGAGAGGCUGGGAUUUAUGUUGGUCUUUGGGGAUCUUUUGUGGAUUCCUUUCACAUUUAGUAUCCAGGGAUGGUGGCUUUUAAGAAACAAGGUGGAUUUAACCACUGCUGCUGUUGUGGCAAAUUGCAUCGUCUUCGUAAUGGGGUACCGCAUAUUCAGGGAAGCUAACAGGCAGAAACAUGUGUUUAAGAAGAAUCCUAAAGCACCAAUAUGGGGCAAACCUCCAAUGGUCAUUGGAGGAAAAUUGCUUGCUUCUGGCUAUUGGGGAAUCGCUAGACACUGUAACUAUCUGGGAGACUUGUUAUUGGCACUGUCCUUCAGCCUACCCUGUGGAAUCAGCUCUCCGAUUCCUUACUUUUAUCCUGUAUAUCUUCUUAUUUUGCUGAUAUGGAGAGAGAGAAGGGAUGAAGCUCGAUGUGCACAGAAGUACAAAGACAUUUGGGCUGAGUACUGUAAAAUUGUGCCCUGGAGAAUUUUGCCAUAUGUUUAUUAGGAGUGUACAUCAUCAACAUUCCCUUCAGUACGGUGAAGCAGAGAUACCUCUUCUUCAGUCCGCCAUUCCAGUGGUGUCGUGUCUGUACUCAAGCCUCAUUUUGUUUUCCCUAGAGGUGAAUCAUCAACUUUGGUAUUUCAACUAAAAGAAGAAAUCUUUUGAGGGAAAAUAUCGUGUGGUUUCGAAUUGGUUAGUCACUAUUAUGACUAUGACGAAAGUAUCAGUGUUUGGUUAGUGACUAUUGGCAUAUCAUUGGUUAAAUGUUUGGAGUUGCUUAAUUUUUCUUAAGCACUAUAGUUUUAGGUUUAUUUGUUGCUUUUUCUUCUUCUUUCUGGGUAAUUAGUCAUACAGCAUACAAUUUUAUUUUUGUUAAUCUGCGAAUAAUAUUGUCACAAUUAGUUGUCACUAUUUGUACUAUGUAAUUCUAUUGGUCCACAUCAUUUUUUAAAGAA